ACAAAGCCGACGUCGCCACACAGGCACGCGCCCAAGCCCCCAGUUGAUUGGAGGAGCUCACCUGUUGUAAUUAACGCGCGCAGCUCUGAUUGCAAGCAGUAUGUAAACUGGCAUUAAAGCGUUUUAAGGGUUUCAGUUUAUUAAAUCCAGAGAGCGCGUCGAGAUGACUAACCAAUGCAACUACACCGUUGAGUCUGAGAACAUUGAGGGCCAAGAGGCAAGUUUAUUCGAUAACAUUUUACUCACUCAGGCAAAGUAGGCCGUUCAGGUUCAUUUUAUACACACAGAGCCUUCGGGCAAACAAAUGAAUGUACGUGGAGUGUGCUGCAGAUUGAGUUUUAUGGAUUUGUUUUGUUUUUCUCAACAGAAGAAAGCUGUGGCGAAGAGAGGUGGAGUCAUUUCAUCCGUCCUCUGUCGAAUUUCACAGUUUUGGCCAGUCAAGUUUACUAUGCGGGCUUUCCGUGGCUUAUGGUGGCUGUUUGGGUUCUCUACGCCAGUGAAGGCCAUCUCCCCACCCGCUAAGGAGAAAGAAGGUUCCCCUAAAGAAAGACAUUGCAGAACAGUUCGGAAGCGUCUCCACAGGGUCACACGCCUGUUGAUGGCCAUCCUGCCCCGGCGCAUCCAGAGCACUCUAGGUUUUCCGGUCUGCACCAGCAUUGGCUGUGCUGUGUCCCCAGAGGUGUGUUGUUCCCCGACCAAGCCCUGUGGCAAAGGAAGUAAGAGAAAGCAGGAUGACCUGGAUGAGGAAGAGGAGGCAGAUCAGCAGUCCUGGGUGGAGGCACUCACUCAGGAGCUCGCCGAGGAAGACCACGCAGUUGAUCCGGAUUAUGAGCCCAGUGCAGUUGAGACGGACAGUGAAGAAUAUCGGUCACACAAUGACACAGAGAGCGACUUGGAAAUCGAAAAGGGUGUUGUUGUGAUCAAAGAUCUGACGAAGGUAGUUCCUCCAGAGGCCUAAUGAUGGCAGUGUGUGCUAAUGAUGGUAUGCAAUCAAGAUUAUUGCAUCAGUUGCAGAAUGUGUUCGUUGAUUCCAUUCUCUGGCGUUGCCUUUUCUUGGCAGGUUUUUGGUCUCAAUCCAGUGCUUCCCAAUCUGCUUAUGUCUUAAGUUCUUUUUGUAUGUUUCAAUGUU